CAGGAAAGCUGUUUUCCUUCAGUACAUGGAUAACGGUUACCCAAUAACCUGCUGCGGAAUUAUCGAUGAUCCACAUGCAGUUAACACCUGUCCUUACUUUCCUUUAAUUAAAAACGCCUUGCAGUAAAAGCGGUGCAGUGGGUGCAGACCAGUUUAAGACACUCAGUAAUUAAUUUAGAGAGCCUAGUUGUAGUGCAUGAACUUGAACCUGCAAUAAGUCUUGCCUUGUACGGUGUCUUGUGAAGUUUAGGAAUGCAAUAUAUCUGUGGCAAGCUUUUCUCCUUCUGUUGUAAUUUGAUGUCAAAUACCUCCUCCAAUGUUGUGGCGUGGGUCUGUAUUAUAUCAUCCACUGUACGAUCCUGAGUUACAUAUGUAGAAUUACGAUUUCUUCUUGAAUUUAUGCCAAGCUCUUCCAUUAGAGUAUGUACGUAAUAAUAUUUACAAACAAAACUGAUGUUGUUGCCGGCUUUAUCUGCAGGAACCAGGACAUAUCGGGGUGCUAUUGAGGCCAAGCAAAAGUGCCAACCACAGCCAACACCAGCAAUUCAACCUGACAGUACUGAAGACUGGGAGUCUGGUAUUUGAUGCUUUUAUUUGAAUUUUUAGGCUCUCAUGAUCAGGAAUCAAACAGGAAGGAAAACCCGAGCGGGCAACAUACAGUAUAUACCUAUCUUGGCCACCUGGGUAUCCAACUAGAACAAGGGAAUUGCUUAAUCUUUGCCACCUGUAGAACCAGCCAUAUAAUAAUAUUAAGUGAUAUUGCAUUUUCAGAGGCUGUUAGUGAACCCUUUUCAAUAGCAAGGUCUGAACCAUCUAACAAACAAGAAGAUGCUUAUGAUAUUGUACAAGCUAUGCAAGAGGUUCAGCUUCAAGCACAUGCUGCUCCUCCUAGACCAGUUGAUACCUCAGGGUGAGUAAAGACAGUCGGACAUGUAUAAUAAUGUUCUUACGUGUAAUUCAAAGUUACAGUCAAACAUUUCUAAUACGGACGCCAAAGGAACAGAGCGAAAUGUCUGUGUUAGAGAGAUGUCUGUAUAAAAGAGGUCACUAUGAUGACAUCACUUUUAUGACUCCACUUUCAGUUUUAAGUGUUCAGUAGCUAAACCCAGACUCACAGUCGUCUUUAGACUGCAUUUAAAGUUAUUAAUUCACAGUGCAAAGACACUGUCUUUCAGUAGCAUACAACAUUGUACAUAUCAGCUACAGACAAAUUACUGUUUUUAAACGAAAUGAGCUACAGCACAACGCUGCAUGUAAAAAGUUGUAAUGUAAAGCACAAUUCUGAAAGCAUCUUCUGCUAUCUGUAGUUAUUGAAUCCUUCAAAAAGUCAGUUAUGUUCCUCUGUACACGUUUUGGGCUUUAUAUCACCUUACAUAUCACUGUAUUAGAGAGGUGUCCGUACCGAGAGGUUCGACUGUAUGUUAGCACUUGGCGGCAAAUGGUAUUGCUUUUUAUUGAAUGGUUGGAUGCGUGACCAACAGGCUUUUAGCCAGCCUUGGAAACUGGGCGUCCAGAGGGCAUGUUUUCCCUUAAAAUUAUAAGAGAUUAAGUGAAUUUUUUUUUCUUCCAAAAAUGAGCAUCCAUAGGACAGCUGGACACCCUUCUGGCUAAAACCUUACCGACCAAGUUGUCAUUUAGGUGGGCGAAAACAACAAAUGAUGUGCUGAGAAGUCGAAGUUGAACUUUACUUCCUUCUUUUGCAACUGAUUAUUACAGGGACAAGGACACUUAUGUUUGGUCAUUGCCAUAUGAGCCACUGUUAUGUUAAGGCUGGUAGAGUGAAAAAAAAAUAAUGAACUGGACAGUUAUUGGACAACAGAAGAAGGGUUACCCUGCCAGCAGUGGUUUUCAGAUAUGGGGACAGAGAUUUCCCUAGACUUGAUACUUCCAGUUAAAAUCCCUUAUCCUGAAGCAUGCCCUUUGCGUCCGUUUGGGUACAAGUCUAAUGCAACAGGGGAUGUUCAAGUUUUGAAUUGAUUGGCACGUAAGGAUACUGUCCAUUUCAGGAAAUUGUUAGUUAUAGAAUUACAAUGUAACUUGUAUUUUAGUCAAGCAUCGGUACUUUCUAGCAACAUUCAAUGGCUUUUUUGAGAUGAUUUUAACCACAAAGGGCUUUUUCAAUUUAGUUUAACAGCAACACAGAAGAAGAACCUAAAACGUUCUCAAAAACGGCAAGAGAAGAGGGAAGCUGAAGAGUAAGUGUGUCUUGCUACUAGUAAUGUUCUCUGUUUCGUGAGAAAUGGGCUCAGAAGCAACAAUAAAUGAUAAUGAUAGUAAUGUUGUUAUUGUCCUACUAUGGAUAUGUUUAUUUAUUUGUAGUUUAAUAUUUUAUGCUUGGUUUAAAUUUUAUUUUCUGUUGUUAUUGGGUAUGAUAAUGUAUGAUAACGAGUUGCAAACAAAAUAGUGUCAAAUGGGGUAAAAUUGAACCGCAGCAUUUUCUUUGAGUUGGUUUUUUUGGUUUUCUAGAAAUGCUGAUGAACCUCAGAUGACAGAUGAAGAAAGAUUACAGGCCAUUGCUAAUCAGUAUGCUGUCCUUAGAAAUAAAACAUCAGGUAGAACAUAACAAAAUGCCUAUGUACAUGUUGUGGUUAAAUUUCAUUAUCUACCUCCUUUACCUACUUAUAAACAAAGGAAAAGUAAGGAGGAAGCAUGCCUGAGCCUUUAGGGCACUGGGCUGUAAUCUGGAGGCCCAGAGUUCAAUACCCCCCCUGACCACUAGCUGUAUUUGUUCUCAGUAGUCUUGAAUUCAAAUCUUCGGCAACACUUGUAAAGUAGCCAAGUGGUUUGCCUCCUACAGUAACAUUUAAACCAAGGAUUAAAUUGUACUGCAAUAUGUGUGAUAAGAGAGAAGAUGCCAAUAAGUUCUAGGUGACUGAAUAGCGAACAUGAAUAACAAGGUAGUUAGUGUUCAACUUGAACUAUUCAGUUUUAUGGCAUCUUAUUAUGGACACUAACGUGAUGUUGGGAGGGUGUCUGCAAUAACAGUAGUUGACUGUGUUUGAAAUUGAGGCAAUUUUAAAACUUAUGAGAGGGUACAAACCCAGAUAAAAGGCCUCAACAUGUUUCACCAUUAUUUAAAAAUAAUAUAUAAAGAUACAAUCAUUGUUGAUUAACUGGUAGAUUCCCCUUUCAUAUUGCCUCAUUUGUAUGUGUCAGGUUAAAAUUUUGAAUCUAGGUUGAUUCUCAAUUUCUUCUGUCUCCUAGGGCAAGGACACAGGGAAUUGAAAAUCAUCCUAAAGUUAACACAAAAUUAUCUUGAAGUCUAAAGUAAUGUGACCUGUAACCACAUUACUUUUUUAAAAAUGAAUAUAACAAUAGCAUUCUCUUAAGACUGUCAAUUGUGAUUGCUUGUUAUGUUUUCACAAUUCCAGGCAGCUUUGUGGACUUUGUUAGCAUCUUAAACCAAUAUUGCCAAAAAAGUCGAAUUAAUGUUCCCAAAUACAGUGAAGCGCCUGGUGUGCUGGGUGGAUAUGGUUCACAGGUGUUUGUGAAAGGUCAGAUUUUCACUAACAUGAAGUACUGUGGUACUAAGAAGGAAGCAAGGCAUGAUGCUGCAAAGGUUGCUUUGCUUGGUCUCAACAUCCCUGUGGGUUAGUGUGAUCAAUACUUUUUGUGUUCUUAUGAAAUACCAAUAAUUAAAUUAAAUUAAAUCAGAACUUUACCUACAGAUAAGGACGAUGUUACAAGCAAGCUGUUUUAAGAAGUUUUGUAGGCAGUUAGGGUUUUGUACCUGCGUUUAAUUUUUUUUAGUUAGCGAGUGCUUUUGCUUUGAGGAAAUUGAUGCAGGAAAAACCUGUCCCUUUCAAAGGCUUGUUGUAGCAACCAUAGCUAAUAAUGCCUCUAUUUGACAUUAGUUGAGUGGAGAAAAGUUAAAUUGGCCACCAUAAAUAUUGUUUUGAGCUCCACCCUUUUGUCAGACCAGAUUCUUGAAUGUAGUAAGCGUGUUAUUUACUCCUAUUUACAUGGAACUUUUAAUUUUUUUUUUCCCUGUUAUAUGGCAUUAAUUUUAUCUUAGGUGUAUAUUACAAUUAUGUAUACUUAUCAUUUUUGUAACAGUUGACCCAACACCGAACAAACCAAUGGCUGCAAGAACUGCUACAGACCAUCAGAGACUAAGAGAAACACAUGAGUUACAUCUUCUGAACCAAGCAGGGCAGCCGCAGCCCAGGGGGAGGGGGCAGGGGCAGCCAGUAGUUAAACCUCCUAGCUCUUCUUCCAUGCCAUCUGCUGCUGCUGGCCCACCAGUCUCCCAACAGCCUUCUCAGAAUGGAGGUGAUGAAACUGCCUUCAACUUGCCUGAGGUAAUGAUCAUUUUGCAUUUUAGGUUUAUUUUAACAGUGAGUCUGUUCAUUUGGUGGUAGUGUCAAGGCAGGUGCACCAAGGUGACAACUCACAUGGGACCACAUGUCAUGUUUUAAACACCUGUCACAAAUUCAAAUUUUAAAAGUCCUUUUGAAUUGUUCAGCUUAAAGGGUUUGUACUGUGCGAGCAAAGGUUUCAGGGGCAAACGUCCCAGGGCCAAAGGAAUGGGCGAGGGGGGGUGUUAGGGAUGGGGUUAUGUUUGAAUAUGUAGAUUUUCUUCAUUUUGUUUUCAGAGGUAUAAAUUUGAGACACUAUUUUUAAGGACUAAGUUGUACAGUGCAACAACGAGAGUUGUUUGUUUCUUUUUUUACCCGCCUAUUUAAUCAAACAGACUAGCUUGAAAGAGCCUUCUUGGGUGAGCCUCACAAAGGCUCAGCAUUAUCUCGUCUACCUCAAAUCUCUCAGAGUAGUAUCUGGCGAUCACUUGGAGAUCAGAGAAUUGCUGUCCAGGCAUUGUUGACCUAGAGCAGGUCUUGAUUCAUUUCAUCAGUGAAAACGAUUGCUAGGCUUCUGUGCUUGUGAUCGGUAGGGUGCAGGCAAUGACCAGAAGGCAAAAGAUGUUUGGAAAAGCAUCUUCAUCGCGAACACCAAGGGCUAAUAAAAGGUUGUGUGGAAGCUAUCUUUUGACUGCCACAGUGUUUUCCAUCUACGUUCCUCAUUUCCAAUGGAUUUCAGAAAUGGAAUGUCUUUCUCCCAGAACAGCUUGCCUUCUAGUUCAUCAUCCAGCUGCAGUGCCUUAUUUACUAUAAUCGUUAGCAUGAGACAAAGCAGUUGGCAGGCUUGGCGAUCUUCGUCAGAAAAUCGAUCUUGCAUUUGGAUGAUUAAGAAGUCAAGAAGAGGAAUGGCUACAGUCAUCUUGUAAUGAUCGAUUGGACUGGAACAUAUAUUAUAACUUAUAAUAUUAUUUUUGGUAUGAAAAAGGGAUAGACAUGGGUACCCAGACAUAGUUUGAAAACUUCCCAAGGGGGAGGGUGGAACCCCCUCAAUCCUCCCCCUGGAUCUGCCUCUGGGUUUCUUUCUCUCUUCCAUGGCUUUUAGCAUUUACGAAGUUGUUCCAAGCCAUGCGAGAGAAACCUCUGCUCGCAGUGUGUAAAGGUUUUGAGCAGAAUGUGCUCUAUUCGACCAUACCAUCACAAGGAAAAAAACUCCUUACCUUCCUAGCAAGAAAAGAUCUUUCUAGAACUCUAUUUGUUAAUCAUAUUUUUACAAACAUACAUUGUCUUUUAAUUUUCAGGCAACCAAUGGUGAAGCUGUCUCUGAUGAGUGGACAGCAGUGACCAGAAAAGGUAAACCAUUUUAGUAAACAGAUUCCAUUUUUAUUAUUAUAAUUUUUAGUCAAAUAAAAUAAUUUUAAAAAAUUAAACAAAUUUAAAAAUUGUCCUCACUUUUUUCAAAAUUUCAAUAUUAUUGAAAUGAUACUUCUAUUAGUCAUGUUUCGUUAUGCACACCCCCUUUCAUGUGGACUCUUAGUUUGCUCUGUUUUGUGUCUGUUUUAAAGUCCAAAUGACUUGGAGUAACAUUUUAUCCCUGGUUCUACCCUUGGUUCUUUUUCUAUUCAAUUUCACAAGAGACAAUGUGAUGGUAAAAUUCAUCAUUUGGCAAAAUGAGAACUGUUUUAGUGUAAAACUUAAACUUGUUAAACUUAGGAGUGGAGACUAGGGCCAUAUUCCUGUCUUUAAUUUUGAGGUCACUUCACUGGGCCAUUCAUUUUGGAAGGGUUGUGACUAGAAUGGAUACCCCAAAGUCAGAUUGUCAUCUUCACUCAAAGUACAUGAUAGGAGUAUUAUAAACAGUAGGUAGUAUGUAGGACUUGAACCCGUGUCAUUUGAUGUAUAAUCCAUAUCCACAUCCACUACACCAUCAAGGGCUAAUUGCCGAGACCAGUUAAUUUUGACGUACAUUACAUUAUCAUUACAUUAUCGAAAGCUAACCAUUUUUAAAGCAGUGCUUAACCCUAAUGACUGUACUUUGGUGAUAAACCCUGUAUUCAACUCUUUUCCUUGCACAACUGUCUCCUACUCCGAUUUCCCCCUUUUUUCUAACAGUUCUCGUGCCCAAUAAAUGCACCCCAAUAUAGUAUAGCGUGGUGUAGAGAAUAGCGUUGUGUAAUAAUCAUAAGGUGUCCACCCUGAUUUUGAGGUAUCCAUGCUAGUCACAACCACUUUGGAAGAAUCUGACAACAAUUUUGAUGAUGAGUGACCCAGAAUUUAUACAUUUAUUAUAAAUGUUUGAUUGCAGGUCUUAAGAACCCAGUUUAUCAACACUCACUAAAGAUGGCUGGACGUGGUCGAGGAAUGAUCAGGAAGUAAAAUUUACUUACACAUUAACACCAAUUCCUGAAGACGUUAAGUGGGAGUCCAUGAAUACCAAACAAAGAUAUAUCAAGCUUAUCACAGAUUUGAAAAGAAGCUUCUUUGUAUUUCAGCUGUUGUGUUAUGUAGUCUUUAAUUAUCGGGUAUUACUGGGUUACCUGUAAUACCUAGGGACACAUGACUGAUUAUGUCCACGUUUGUGUUGCAUUCCAUCUGUGAUUUUGGCAACAUACUUUGUGGUAAUAGAUCCUGACCUGGAGCCAAGAAAGGUGGUUCUUAACUGAGGGAAAAAUGAUGACUGGGGCUAGAGCACCAUCGCUGCAUACAUGUACUUGGCUAGUUAUUGUAAGUUCCUGCUUAAGAUGCUCCUGAAGCAGUGCAGUUCUUCAAUAUUUUCGCACAGCAGAAAGUUAUUUAUAAUGUGUAAAUAUUUUAGCUUUUAGAUUUUUAAUGUUUAUUGCUAGGGGAAUUGAGAAGUACUGUAAUCUCUCAUCUCUGUUUAAAUCAGUAGCUCUUGUCUGUUAAUUAUUGAUAAGAAAUUUUCCAUUGUUUGUUAAGCACUGGGGACAUUAGUCUCCCUCGCAGCCAUUUUUAGAGGGGAGGAGUGUUGUAUGAUGACACUAAAAACAGCGGCAAGGGAGACUAUGGGGACAAGGGAAAUUAAUAAAUAGUGAAAACACAAAGUAUUCUGUUAUCCCAAGGAUACUUUCAACACAAUCAGGAAUGAUAAAAGCAAGAUUUGAAUACAAGAUAAAUUUUCCAAAUUUGUUAAAAUCAUUAAAUCACUAAUGGAGGGAAGGUCUGCAGGUGGAAAAUAUUAUAAGCAGUUUUCAAGACUUAGUGUAAUAAUGUACAGUGUACAGUUCACAGUGUACAGUGUUUAAAAUGAUAAAAGUUAUUUUAAUUCCCCAUACUAAUAUAAUAAUGAAAUAAAUUUAUACAUGCACACAUGCAUAUUAAAUGAUUUACCAAGGGAAACGUUAUUCAUUGUUUCCCUGCCUUCAGGCCUUCUGUUCCAUUUUGCCAAAGUGUUAUUGUUUUAAGUUGAAGUAAAUGUUGCUGAGUAGGUCGUUAUUUUGUACUUUGUGAUUUGUUUUACAAACAUUAUUAAAAUGACAGGCUGUAAUUUUUUCUUCUCUUUGUCUCUGUUUUGUACUAA